CUCCUGCCAGCUUUGCGCAGUUUGCAUGAAUUGCACUGUAUGUGUGUUGUAUCACGUAGUAUGCUUCACCUCUGCACAGAGUUUGUGUCGCGGUCCACAUUAUGAAACGCUCGGUUUAUACAAACAACAUCGGAGGAUCUUCAGAUGCGACGUAAACGUAAACACGUCGGAUUUUCCUGUUCUCUAUGCAAGGUGCAUUGGAAGGAAACACUUUGUAAUAAACAUGGCCUGGUCUUUGGGAUGUUGCCAUAAAGUCACUCCCCUUGAAGAGAUGAAUGCUGACCUAUUUUUUACCACGGUAUCCAAUGGCUCAAAAGAAACUUCCACAUCAGUAUUACAGGACAUGUCCCGUUCAAAAACAGACAUUGAGAGGAGGCUGGUUAAAAUACGGCCACCCAGCCCAAGAACAACUCCACGGCAAUCAGCAGGACGUAGCCUUUCAUGUGAACCACCAACCAAAUCCAUCAUCCAGAGACGAACGCAGUCCCUUCCCUCUCCAUCAGAGAGAAGACGGCUCAGCCGUAGAGCCAACGUUCGAUUUGUGGACUCUUUGGGGUUAGACCUGGAAAAUGUCAAGGUUUUCAAAAGCGGGGAGGAUCCAUUCAUCCCAGAGCAUGUCUUAUUUCGACUGCUAAUGAAUGCAGAGUUGGCCUCAAGUAAGAGGAUGGAGAUCUCCUUACCAUAUCUGAAACCCUUGUUCUCCAUCCAGCCUGGUGAUUGUUCAAACUUUGUGGAGCGCCUAUGUUGCCAACAAGUGUGCCUAGAGCGGGUUUUGUGCUAUGAGCCUGGCAUUAUUGGGAUCGUUCAAGUUGUAAACCUGGCAUUCGAGAAGGAAGUGAGUGUUCGCUAUUCUUUUACGAACUGGAAGAGCUGCUCGGAAACCAAGGCUUACUGGGUAGCAAGCAAAUCCAAUUCAAACGGACCCUGCUGUGACACUUUUCGGUUUCAUCUUCCAGUUCCUCCAUUCAUCCUUCAUCCUGGGGCAGUGCUGGAGUUUGCGAUUUGUUAUAAAGUAAUGGGCACUCAGUUUUGGGAUAACAAUGGUGGGCAGAAUUACAAAUUGACCUGUCAGAGUUAUAACCUUCCUGUGCCAAAAGAAUGUGAAGACAGCAUGAUACACUUUAUCUGAGGAGGACACUGAGGACUUUUUAGAGCACUGUUUCACUUUUCCAUUUUACUUGUAACCACCAGCAUUUUCACCAUGUGAUAUAUGAUGCUGACCUUCUGAGGGUCUUGCCAUAGCACAUUUGGUUUGUGAAUAAUACCUUGACGCCAUAUGAAAUCUAAGAUUUUUUAACUAUGAUUUGUGUUCAACUGGACUGUAGCACUGAAAGUAUUGUUGGAUUUUGACUUGAUAAUGUACAUGAGAUUCAAAAAAAGUGCCUUUACUGUAUUUUUUUACGUUUCUGAUUUGCACUUACUUGUGUGAGGAUAUUAUUGUCACUAUGUGGUAGAUUUUAAUAAUGCUUGUGGGCCUUGUAUGUAAACACAGAUGUGGAUAGUGGUCCCUCACAUACUGUAAAACUUUGCAAUAAAGCCAUUUGUAGACUCAUUGCCCCUA